CAACAACCACACACAGACAGAGAGAGAGAGAGAGAGAGAGAGAGAGAGAGUGAGGGAGAGAGAGAGAGAGAGCAGAGGCAACACACAGAUUCAUCCUCUGUAGAUCGCCUACACAGAGUCAGAAAUAGAGCUGAGUUUUAAGGCAGGUGCAUACAAAAUCCCGGGAGGUGUGCGAAUGUACAUGAGCAAGGAUACAGGUUGAUUGACUAACGUCAAAGAGGAAAACAAGACAAAUAGCGUAUGACGACAACAAGACAAGAAGAAAAGCCGAAGAAGAGACUGUGAUGUAUGCUGAAAUGACCUCUCUUGUCACGGUGUGCCGCUGAACCGAUCCUAAAACCCACUCCACCGUGCUAGGAUGUAAGAUCAAUGGAGUAAGACUGGACCAAAUUAAAACAAUCUGAAAGACUGCCACACUGCAUAGAAAACCAAAGUAGGAUUUCAAGACACUUGUCUAACUACUUCACAAGGUUGGCGAUGAAGAAACUGAGCUCGCUUAAUCUUAUUUAGCAAAAAUCUAGCAAAAUCUUAGCACUCAUAGCACAUGAACUCGUAAGAAACUGGUUUAAAAAACAGACUGAAGGAUUCAAGCUCACAGUGAAUUGACAUCAAAUUACAUCGGUUUAAUUAUGAAAAUGGGACAGAUUACAAUGCUUCUUCUGCACACUCAUCUGAUGUUUGGAGUUGCUAGCUCCUUGGUUAUUCAAUCCAUGCCCUGGAGAGUGCCCUGUCCCCUUCAAUGCGUUUGCCAAAUCAAGCCCUGGUACUCUCCCCAGUCUGUGUAUAGAGAGGCUCCUACAGUAGACUGCAAUGACCUGCUACUUAUCCAGCUGCCCACUUCUCUCCCUCCAGAGACACAAACCCUCCGGCUGCAGAGUAACCUCAUCAGUUCUGUGGACCAGAGUGAACUCCAAGGCCUUGUCAAUCUGACAGAGUUGGAUCUUUCCCAUAACAGCUUUACCAGUAGCCGAAACCUGAGGAUAACUGACCUGCCAGCUCUUCUUAGCCUACAUAUGGAAGAAAACCAGCUGAGACACCUCCCAGAAGCUGCAUUCUUUGGUGUGCCUAACCUGCAAGAGUUGUACCUCAAUCACAACAGGCUAAGAAGCAUUUCCCCUGGGGCCUUCAAAGGUCUGGAUAAACUUCUGAGGCUUCAUCUUAACUCAAACCGCCUGGUUUUAAUUGACAGACGUUGGUUCCAUGCUUUGCCACAACUAGAAGUGCUCAUGAUUGGUGGAAAUCCCGUAGACACAAUCCAGGACCUAAAUUUUAAACCACUGGGCUCUUUGCGCAGCCUGGUUCUGGCAGGAAUGGGGUUACGUGAGAUCUCAGAGCGGGCACUUGAGGGCCUUCAAAAUCUGGAGAGCAUCAGCUUUUACGAUAACCACCUGAUAAAAGUUCCAAAAGAAGCAUUGCAAAAACUGCCAGGUCUUAAGUUUCUUGACUUAAACAAAAACCCCAUUCAGACUGUGCAGAAAGGAGAUUUCAGAAACAUGCUUCACCUGAAGGAACUUGGUUUAAAUAACAUGGAGGAGCUGAUUUCUAUUGAGCACUCGGCAAUGGAAAACCUGCCUGAACUGACCAAACUGGAGAUCACGAACAAUCCUCGGCUUUCAUAUAUCCACCCCCAGGCCUUCCAAAAAUUGUUAAGCAUGGAAAGCCUAAUGCUAAACAGUAAUGCCCUGAGUGCCCUGCAUCGCCAGACAGUAAGGUCGUUGCCCAGCCUACAAGAAAUAAGCCUGCACAGCAAUCCCAUUCGCUGUGACUGCCUGAUCCGCUGGGUGGGAGCCGACAAUGACAAGCCAGUCCGUUUCAUUGAACCUCAAUCCACAUUCUGCUCUGAGCCUCCUGAGCUGAAAGCCAGAAGAGUUAAAGAAGUAUCAUUUAGAGAGAUGGCAGACAGCUGCCUACCCUUGAUUGCCCCAAGCACAUUUCCCUCUUACAUUGAAGUUAAACACGGAGACAACGUAGUCUUGCAUUGCCGGGCACUAGCGGAGCCAGAGCCAAGCAUCUACUGGGUCAUUCCCCAGGGCGUGAAACUGACUCCAUCCAGCAGCUAUGGGCGGUAUCGGGUCCUAACAGAGGGCACCUUAGAGAUUUUCGGAGUCACCAAUGAACAGGCUGGUUUCUACACUUGUGUUGCGCAGAAUCUAGUUGGAGCUGAUACUAGAAGCUUGACUCUACAGUUGGAAGGUAAAACGGUUCACAAAAGCUCUCAAAAAACAAAAGAGAAUUUUGAAGUGCAGGAUGUCAAGGAAAGGUAUGCUUUAUUGACCUGGCAAGCAAGUCGUAACGUCCCUGCUGCCCAUCUCUCUUGGGUGGCCAAUGAUAGUCUGGAAGACCAUCACAAGCACAGUACUCGAAUUCUAACUGGUACCAGAAGAUUCAACCUUACCCGUCUCAGACCAGGGACCCAAUACAAAGUUUGCAUUCACAUGGGGCCGAACGACACCUCCUGUGUUUAUUUAAAGACCAAAGAGGUGUCCGUGACAGAUCCUGUACCAGACCUGACCCCAGCAGUCCUGCUAGCUGUAUCAGUCCUGCUCCUUUUAUUGGCAGCUAGGGCAUGUCACGGUGGAGCUUCUUUUAUUUGGAGAGACCACAUAUCUGAGUUUGAGAAACCCCACACUACUAUUCUAACGACAGAGGCAAAAGCCUUUAUGGUUCCUCAAAUACUGGCAAAGGAUAUGAAUCAGCAGAAACCAGAUAAAGCCCUAUCAGAUGGCAGAGGCAAAGACCUCAGAAAUAAUUUGCUGGGACAAGACGUUCAGGGGCCAGCGAAAGAGGCAUGCUGAGCAGGGUAAAGUGUUCAAGAAUGAUGGACAAAAUAUUCCCAGAGUGCAAGUUUCACAAAGCUACUCACUUUACCGCUUGUGACAGUCAAACCUACUGAUCAUCUGAAACUAAACAACUAGACAUUUACGUGGCAGAUCUGCUUAACAUAAAAAGUGACACUGUUUCAAAGUAUAGUGUAAAACAUAAAAAAGUGGGAAAAGAUUUGUAUUUAUUUUAUAUGGAAAAAGAUAUGAUACAUAUAUGUAUAUUAAAAGCAUUUGUUCAUGUAUUCACAUACAAUAUAUCAACCAAGGACAUGAAAGCUGUGCUGCCAAUCAUAAAUAACAGUUCAUAGAGUCUGUUAAUAUGCAACCUCUCAUAUUUUGUUGGGUACAACAGACCAAAAGGUUGUAGAAGGAAGCACUUAUAUAUUUUUAAUACUGAAGAAGAGACUUGAUUUCAUGUAGGACGUAAACAGCAACGAAACUCAGCAAAGCAUUAUUCAAGACUUUUAAUGUUGAACUAAGGAAGACAGAUUCAAAGUUAUGUUUUUGUUGGUGGAAAACUAGGCAGGCAAUCUUCAGGCAAGUGCUAAAAUGAAUCAAGGUUACUUAAUUGUCUAACUAAUGUCAUACUUUCUCUUAACAGUGUGUUGAAUUGUACUCUGUAGAAAAGCCCCAGAGACCAUUCGAAAGUAACCAUCGCAGAGCAAGCAAAAGUACACAAAUCCAUAGAGUCCAUAAACUUUAUCUAUUUCAGUCAGCCCACUCCUGAAAUUCAGACCUUUGCUUAAAAACAACCCCAAUGUUUUAAUGCUGAUGGACAUACAGCUUAGACACCUCUGCCUCUUGCUGAACAAACCACAGAAGAAGAUUCACAGAGAAAGCAUGUGGAAAAGCCCUCAUCACGGCACAAAAUUCAGACUUGUGUGGAGAUGAACAUUUGAGUAGAGGAAAGACAAGCCAAGACAUUUGAUUCUAUAUCCACACAAUGUUUUGUGCAAGGAAGUUGGACACCUGUCAGACUGCUAAUGGGAGAUGCUUCAAGGAAAGACAGUGUCAACUCUUCUUGUGUAAAAAGAGAAAACUGAAUUCAAAAUGGGCUUUUUCUUUAACUGUUUGUCAGGUUGCACAUCUUUGACUGCUGAAUAGCUACAUUAAUGAGAGACAUAGCCAGUGAAAGAGAGGACUCAAAGGUCAAAGACAAACACUUCUUUUAUCCAGGAGAGGACAGAGCGCAGCAUUGGGGAUUGUAAACUGUUUGCCUACAUUUUCAAAUGUGGGGAAAUCCAUUUUUAAAGUCAUGUUAUAGUAACUUUGUUUGCUUUAAUUUUCAUUUCUUGUCAGUUUGUGAUUGACGUGCCCUCUUGUUUCAGUGACUCUCUCUCUCUCUAUCUCUGAUUAACUUGACCGUCUUGUUCGCUCAAACUGAUUUCCUUUUGGUUUUAUUUCAUUUGUUGAUCAUUGGUCUUUUCCCACCCCAGAGCUGUACAUAAAUCAAUCUGAAUUUCCUAUUCAACAUACCACUUUCUGAAAUAAUUUAGAUGAUUGUGUGUUAAAUUCUAUUUUGAUCUAUUAUUAAAACUUUUGGACUGAUA